AUGAGACCUCCAAUAGCGAUGGCUGUAACGAUGGCAUUAGAGGAAAGUACAUCAGACUCAAAGCUCCAUAAAGAUAGCGUCAACAAAAAGGAGCUGCGACCCUCGAGUGCGGUUUCAUAUUCGAAGUCUGACUAUGGGCUCGAAACAACUACGUCCGUGGAUCAACUGAAGCAGUACAAGAGUUGGGUCAGCAACGAGAGGUGGAACGAGCUGAAGAAGCUCGCCGACGCUGCGAUGAAGGAGCGCAGGGUGUUUAUGAUAAAGGGCGGCGGAUUCCCGGCUGUACGGAAAGCGCUUCUAGACCGGGGCUGGAUCGAAAAAUACGAAUCUCAUAAGGUACGUCAUCCGCCCGUGAAUGUUGAUCCAAAAAAAGCGAGCGACAAAGAGCUCACAAAAGUGGAAAGGAUGAUAUUGUACAAAUUUAUGGAGCACCACUCUGUCGACUUUCUAUGGACCACCAAAAGGGACAAAUACGACUGGUUGUUGAGCAACAAAGAAGUCAUUAUAAGCAGAUUUUGCAGGUCCAUAUUUACUACUAAAGAAGGGUUAACCACUUCACUUACUCAAAUGCAUUGGUACACUGAGCCCGGUAUAGCUUUGACCAAUUUCCCGCGCUGCUAUAAUAUUCACAAUUCUGAAAAUCUGGAGGAAUUCAUAGAUGAUUUCCGUAUAACCGCUUGCAUAAGCCUCGUUAAGUGGUUCUGUAAGACAUUCCAAACUAACAACGUAGAGAAACAGGUCAUGGACCACGGGAAAGUACCGUUAACUGCAAUUGAAUUUGCAAUUAAUAGAAUCAAUGAACAUGUGACAUUCUACUCUCAUAGAGAUAUCGAUGAUUUUGAGGACCAAAGCCAACACAUAUGGGAACACGAAUGGGACCAAUUCUUAACACAUCAUUAUCUCCUAGUACAUGAAAAGGCUAAGUUUUUGCCUGAUGGCGCAGUGAAUAUUAGACAGUUAGAAAAGAAGGCAGGUAAGGCUUUGGCUGCAGUAACGAAGUUUUGGCCACAAAUUGACAUUGACGGCGUCUUAAACAUUUGGAUUGUGAAGCCGGGUAAUAAAUGUCGCGGGAAAGGUAUCCAACUAAUGAACAAUAUAAAGGAUAUCGUUGGACUCAUAAACAUCCCAGCCCAGAAAAACAGAUACGUCGUACAAAAAUAUAUUGAAACACCAUUGGUGAUAUACAAUACAAAAUUUGAUAUACGACAGUGGUUCUUAAUAACAAAUUGUCAGCCACUAACUAUUUGGAUAUAUAAGGACAGCUACCUAAGGUUUAGCUCGCAGAUUUUCAGUUUAUCAAACUACCACGAGUCCGUUCAUCUAACAAACAACGCAGUCCAAACGAAAUAUAAAAAUAAUGGAGACAGGGACAAAGCUUUGCCUGACGAAAAUAUGUGGGACUGUCAUACUUUCAAAGCUUAUCUGAGACAGAUCGGAAAGUAUGAACUGUGGGACACCAAAAUAUAUCCAGGCAUCAAGCAGUCACUGAUUGGAGCUAUGUUAGCUUGUCAAGAAUCAAUGGAUAAGAGGCAAAGCAGCUUCGAAUUGUACGGGGCUGAUUUUAUGUUAACCGAUGACUUUACUCCGUGGCUCAUUGAAAUCAACUCCAGCCCAGAUCUGGCGCCAACGACAUCUGUCACAGCUCGCCUAUGCCCUCAAUGUCUUGAAGAUGUUAUUAAAGUUGUGCUUGACAGACGUCACAACGUCGAUGCUGACACGGGCACCUUCGAAUUGGCCUACAGGCAGACGAUCCCAAAGGCACCGGCUUACCUGGGCUUAUCGCUGUGCAUCAAUGGCAAGCGUCUACAUAAGAAAAUCAAGGAGCGUAAACACGAACACAGGAGCGCUACAACAUUGGCGCCUCGCACCCACUCCGGUGACGUCACCGAUGAAUCUCACCAACCGGUGCCCCUAGAAUACAACGGGCCAAUUAUCACAGACUUUCUGACAUGGCUGAAUCCCUACGACUCUUUUCCGACGAAUAAAGACGGUAUCCUACUGGGUCCCAAGGAAUCACUCACGGACUCGAGGAAGACGCGAAAGAAAUCAAGAAUU